AUGUCCACACCUACUGUCCCAACGGGCCUCCUCUACGUCUUCACCGAGACGGGUCCCAACGUCACCAAUGCCGAGUUCACGGACUGGUACGACAACGAGCACGUCCCGCUCCGCACGCCCCUCCCCUUCUUCCACAACGCCACGCGCUGGGUAGCGACCGACGACAAGCAGCCCACGUACCUCGCGACGUACGACCUCACCUCCUGCGCCGCGCUCGACGAGCCCGCGUACACCGCCCUCCCCGCGAAUCGCUCCGCGCGCGAGCGCGACGUGAUGGGCCGCAUGGCCCUCGUCGCGCGCCGCACGUACGACGCCCUCCCCCCGCCCCCGCCGUCGUCCGCAUCCGCGCCCUCGCCCAUCCCAGGGUUCACCCCGCUCACGCUCCCCGCGCACGCGCGCUCCGCCGGGGCGGGCAACGAAUGCCGCGCGGACUACGACCCGCUCACGCCGGGCCCGUUCCUCAUCGCGGUCGAGAUCGCGGUCCCGGCGGAGCGCGAGGCGGAGCUCGCGCGCUGGUACGCGGACGAGCACCUUCCGCUGCUCGCCGCGGUCCCCGGGUGGCGGCGCUCGCGCCGGUUCGUCCUCCGCGAGGUGUCAGCGCCGACGGGCGCGCGCGCGGCGCCGGGGGAGCUGGUGCCGGGGGCGGAGGGGACGCCGCGGUUGCUGGCGCUGCAUGAGUAUGCGUCGAUGGACGGGUUUGGGUCGGAGGAGUUCAAGAGGGCGUCGACAACGGAGUGGAGGAAGAGGAUGUUCGGGAUGGCGACGGCGUGGGAGAGGAGGGUGUUCAAGGUGAUGAGGACUUGGGUUGGGGAAGGUAGCAAAGCGUGA